GUAUUAAUGGCAUUGGGUGAGUACUGGAGACUAGUGGGAUGCAGGCAAGUUUGGCUUCAAAGACAAGAAAAAUCAAUUCACACAAGAAGACCAAAAGUGCCUUUUUUUCUCUCUCCUUCCUGCGGCUGACCUCUCAUUUUCUUAUAGCCAGUAGCCACUGUCACCUUCCUCAGCCAUUCAAGCAAGUGCUAUGUGGUUCUUUAAGACGAUUCGAAGAAGAAGAAGAAGUAUUUUCCUCUCUUUUUUGUCAUAGCUAUUCAGUGCUAAAUUACUGAUAACAGUCUGUAGAGAGAGAGAGAGAGAGAGAGAUCAGAGUGUUUUUCAGAAAGCUAGUCACCAAUGGCGGGUAUCCGGUUGCUGCUCUUUCUGGCUUUGUUCUCUUCAGGAAUUCUGGUUAUUUCCUCACUUACAGAUUCUCAUGAUGCCGCUGCACUCCAAUCCCUGAAGGACAUGUGGAAAAAUACACCACCAAGCUGGGGACAUUCAGAAGACCCUUGUGGAACACCUUGGGAAGGAGUAAUAUGCAACGAUACUAGGGUUACUGCUUUGGGAUUAUCCACAAUGGGUCUAGAAGGGAAACUUAGUGGUGACAUUGAAGAACUUACUGAAUUGAGAUCCUUGGACCUGUCAUUUAACCGAGGGCUUACAGGUUCUCUCUCUCCUCGCCUAGGGGAUUUGCAAAAGCUUAAUAUCUUAAUCCUAGCAGGCUGCAGCUUCAGUGGUGAAAUUCCUGAUGAGUUGGGCAAUCUUUCAGAGCUUUCCUUCCUGGCUCUCAAUUCAAACAACUUAACUGGUAAAAUACCCCCGUCUUUGGGUAAACUCUCCAAACUCUACUGGCUGGACCUGGCGGAUAACCAGUUGAUAGGACCCCUCCCCAUAUCAACCUCCUCUACCCCAGGCUUGGACCUCCUUCUGAAGGCUAAACAUUUCCAUUUCAACAAGAACCAGCUUUCAGGUUCCAUUCCGGCCAAACUUUUCAGCUCUAAGAUGGUACUGAUACACAUAUUAUUUGAUGGAAAUAAACUUUCUGGAAGUAUCCCAUCAACCUUAGGGCUCGUACAGACUGUUGAGGUUCUUCGACUUGACAGAAAUGCUAUUACAGGAAAGGUCCCAUCUAAUCUCGGCAACCUUACAAGCCUCAAUGAAUUGAAUUUAGCCCAUAAUAAUCUGGUAGGCGCUUUACCAGAUUUAACUCAAUUGACGGACCUCAAUUAUGUGGACCUUAGUAACAACUCGUUUGACCCAUCAGAAGCUCCAGUUUGGUUCUCAAACUUGCCAUUACUCACCACUCUGAUUAUGGAAUAUGGGUCACUUGAAGGGGCUGUGCCACAAAAACUCUUCACCUUUCCACAGAUACAACAAGUGAAAUUGAAAAACAAUGCAUUUAAUGACACAUUGAACAUGGGUGAAAACAUCGGCCCACAACUGCAGCUAGUUGAUUUGCAAAACAACGAUAUUUCCUCAGUAACGGUGACUUCUGGCUACACAAAAAUAUUAAUAUUAAUAGGAAACCCAGUGUGUGCUGCUGAUCUAUCAAAUACAAACUUCUGCGAGCUUCAGCAACAACCUACAAAGCCCUAUUCUACCAGCCUGGCUAAUUGUGGAAGUACAUUAUGUCCUCCUGAUCAAGAGCUCAGCCCUCAGAGUUGUGAAUGUGCCUAUCCAUAUGCAGGAACAUUUUAUUUUAGAGGACCCAGAUUCAGGGAAUUGUCCAAUGCGAAUAUAUUUCAUUCAUUGGAAAUGAGCUUGUGGGUAAAACUAGGACUGACUCCUGGUUCAGUCUCUCUUCAAAACCCCUUUUUCAAUACUGAUGACUAUCUUCAAGUGCAGCUAGCACUCUUUCCAGCAAUUGGAAAAUAUUUUAAUAGGUCUGAAGUUCUGAGAAUUGGGUUCGACUUGAGUAAUCAAACAUACAAGCCACCUCCACAGUUUGGGCCCUAUUAUUUUAUUGCAUCUCCUUACGCUUUCCCAGCCACACAUGGAGCAACUAUUAGCUCUCCUGUAAUAGUUGGGAUUGCAAUUGGCUGUGCCAUUUUGGUUUUGGUCCUUGUUGGAGUAGGGAUAUAUGCUGUUCGGCAAAAGAAACGUGCAGAAAGAGCCAUUGGAUUAAGUAAACCAUUUGCUUCCUGGGCACCAAGUGGUAAUGAUAGUGGGGGUGCACCGCAGUUAAAGGGAGCAAGAUGGUUUUCUUAUGAUGAACUCAAAAAGUGCACCAAUAAUUUCAAUGCAAGCAAGGAGAUAGGUUCUGGAGGGUAUGGCAAGGUUUAUAGAGGGAUGCUUUCUGAUGGACAAGUUGUGGCUAUCAAAAGAGCUCAGCAUGGAUCAAUGCAGGGUGGACUUGAGUUCAAGACUGAAAUUGAGUUGCUUUCUCGAGUUCAUCACAAGAAUCUUGUUGGCCUAGUGGGUUUUUGUUUUGAACAAGGAGAACAGAUGUUGAUCUAUGAAUUUUUGCCUAAUGGAACACUUAGGGAGAGCUUGUCAGGAAAAUCUGGCAUUUAUCUCGAUUGGAAGAGAAGACUCCGCAUUGCUCUUGGCUCAGCCAGAGGACUAGCUUACCUACAUGAGCUUGCUAAUCCUCCUAUAAUCCACAGAGAUGUUAAGUCCACCAAUAUUCUGUUGGAUGAAAAUUUGACAGCAAAGGUUGCAGAUUUUGGCUUGUCCAAGCUGGUAUCGGACGGUUCAAAAGGGCAUGUUUCAACUCAAGUGAAAGGCACACUUGGUUAUUUGGAUCCUGAAUACUACAUGACUCAACAGUUAACUGAGAAGAGCGAUGUGUACAGUUUUGGAGUGGUUAUGCUUGAACUGGUAACAGCCAAGCAACCAAUUGAGAAGGGAAAGUACGUUGUCCGUGAGGUGCUGACAGCUAUGAAUAAGAACGAUGACGAGUACUAUGGCUUGAGGAACAUGAUUGAUUCAUCCAUUAGAAACAUAACAAAUCUUAUAGGGUUUGGGAGGUUCCUUGAGUUGGCCAUGCAAUGUGUUGAAGAUUCAGCUGCAGACCGUCCAACAAUGAGUGAAGUGGUAAAGGCACUUGAAACUAUUUUACAGAAUGAUGGGAUGGCCACAAACUCAACAUCUGCAUCCUCUUCUGCAACUGACUUUGUUGCAUCAAAAGGUGCUUCUAAGCAUCCUUACAAGGACUCUUUACCAAAAAGGGAUGUUACUGACAGUGAUGCCUUUGAUUACAGUGGUGGAUACACCCUCACUGCAAAAGUUGAACCCAAGUAGCAUAUACUCUCUAUGAUCUACAUUUGCUUAAUUUUUUGCUGUUUGUUUUUUGGAUUUUUAGGGAAAAUUAAUGUUUUGUAUAAAGAAAACUGUUACUUGUUCCAAUGAAUGAUGUGUCUAGAAUGUAGAAAAAUUUGUCAAGACAAAACUUACCACUUGAGAA